AUGAACAGAUUUGCCCAAAUCGCGCAACAACCAAGCACACCCUCCACAAUGCUCUCAUCCCGAUCCUUCUCCUCCUUCCUCUCCACGCCAACCCGCUUCCAACCCUCGCGAACACUCGGCGCCCGCCUCUCCUCGCCAGCCGCAACUGCAACCGCAACUGCAACCGCCUUCUCACCCCUGUCAUCACUCCUCUCCCAGAAGGCACCUUCGCAGACCCGCUCGUUCUCCGCAAGUGCCUCCCUAGGCGUGCGCCGUGUGACGUUCCGCCCGUCACGACGGGUCCAAAAGCGCCGCCAUGGAUACCUGGCGCGCAAGAAGGAUAGGAAUGGACGUAAGACUCUUAUCCGGAGAACUCUUAAGGGCCGGAAGGAGUUGAGUUGGUAA